CAUGCGCUGCUUACUUCCGGUGUGUACGCCGUUGUCGUCGUCGAACGGCGUCGUUCAAUUUUUUUUUGGCGUGCGCUCUGUUUUCCGGUCGCAUGCGCUGUUACGCACUCCGACGCCGACUUCGACAUCGACAAGCUCGUCAUUAUCGUGAAAUUCGACGCGAUUGGCUACAUUCGACACGCCGCUGCUGAUUUUUUUUUUUUCGGAUCAUUCGUGACUUGCAAUCAGACCGGAAGUAUCGGUCGUCGUCGUCGUCGUUAUAUUAGUGUCAACGUGCUCUCUCUGUACCGUCAGACGGAAAAAUGGCGACCGCUGUGCCAUCGCGAUUCGCCGUCCUUAGUAUCGAGGACGACGAUUACAAGCCGAAGAAGACACAGAAGAGCGCGACCGCGAGUAAGACGAACGCAAAGAGCAAAAAUGACAAGUCGAAGCAGCAGCAGCAGCAGCAGCAGCAGCAACAGCCGCAGCAGCAACAGCAGCAGCAGCAGCAACAUGCAAACAAGAAGAAACAGAACAAGGGAAAGAAGAAGAAAACAAAUAGUGACGAUCAGCAGUGGGAACAGUGGAAACAAAAGGAUACAAUGGCUAUCGAGGAAACAUUUGAGCAAGAAUUACAUCAAGCUAUUUUGCUGUCAAAGUUGGCUUACGAAGAGGAAUUAGUCAGUGCGGCAAAGACGGAGAAAGAACAGGAACAGAAUAAGAAGUCUGGUAAAAAGUCAAAGAAGGCAACUAUGUCCCUAGAAGAAUUUAAUAGCAUCCUGUCAAAACAUAAAGCACCUCAUAGCACAGGAACAAACACAACACCAGUAGUAGUAUUAACAACUGAUCCUGUAGAUAAUAAAUCAAAAGAAGUAGAUGCAGAGUUCUUUGACAGGGUGGAGAAGGAAACAAAAGAAGAGAUAACAAAGGGCAAAGAGAAGGAUAUGUUGAAAGCAAGAUUAAAUAAAAUUGAUGACGACAUAACGUCCGUGCAAUUAAGAGUAGAGAUUGAGAAACGAGACGAGAUAAUCAGCCAAUUGAGAACAGAGGUGCAUACGCUAAAGGAAGAGUUAACACAAGUCAAAGAGAGGAAUAAAAAGCUUUAUCAGAUUUUAUCACAUGGCGAAAUGAAGGAUAAAGCAUCGGUAUUGGCUGAGGUUGCAAAAUUGCAAGAAAUCCGUGAUGAACUAACAUCCGAAGUAGCUUCGUUGCAUGCUCAGUUAGAACAAGAAAGAUCUAAAACACGUACCUGUAGUGCAGACGUGAAGACAUCUAAACAAACUAAUAAAAAAAGGCCGGCCAGUGAAAAUGCCUAAUUCGCUUAUUCGCGAAGGACUGUACUAUUGUGAUCUAUUAAUCUUAAUAACACUGAAGAAACAGCAGUCUGAGAAGAACGAAUAUCUCGAUUGUGAAACGAAAUUUCGAUCUCUUAUAACAUAUUUUGUACUUGCUUGUUAAGUGUAGGUUUAAGAAAUACUGGUCGUGGUACCAGUUUUUAUCAAUUAUGUGCAUUAGCAUGUAUAUAAUUUUCCAUUUUUUUUUUAAUUUUACAAAUGCAGUUUUGAAAACGAACACAAUGUAUUUUAUCUUUCUUGGUUUACCUUUUUUUUAAUAAGUUGGAUGAUUUUGUUGGGAACUUAGCGGAAUAUUAACUACGUUGUGAAACAAAAACUUCCGAAAUGAUAUUUACGAAAAGUUCUUCCAAAAAGGGCGGAUUUCACAAUAUGCAUCGUACCAUCUUCCGAAUUACGUACCAACAUACAUUCGUAAACAAAAAAUAUGUAUACUUAAAGAAUUAU